AUGGCUCUCCCUCCCAACGGUUCUUCAAUCCCAGUAGCCCAGGUCCCCGCGUCGAUAGCCUUACCCCAGAUCCCCUCCUUAGACAACACUUUCGGAGCCCUGGCGGUUGGUACCCUGUAUGGUGUGUGUAUGCAUCAAGCAUAUCGCUACUUCCGUCUAUAUCCGAACGAUUCUACGUGGCUGAAGAGCUUGGUGGCAGUAGUCUUGGUUCUGGAGACAUUUACUAGUAUCCUGGGAGCGCACGCAUGCUAUUACCACCUCAUCACGAAUUACUUCCAGCCACAAACACUCGCACGCCCAUCAUGGUCGAUUAAACUGCACCCGGCGGUAUCCAUGCUAUCUAUGGAUAUAACUCAGAGCUUCUUCAUCCGCAGGGUCUGGAUUAUCGGUGCACGAUUUAGACCCCUAGUCAUUUUCUCGACUAUAUGCUCCCUGACCUCACUAGGUAUAGUGGUCCUUUGCCUCGUUACGCUCGGCGAAUAUCUGAAUGAUAUAUUGCACAUGCAGGGUUCGCCACAGCCGCGACAAUGCAAGGGUUUCUCCGAAACGACAUGCAAUCGUGCACUCAGUUCCGCUCUGGCCUUGGUAGCUGACCUGCUACUUGCGUCCGUCCUCAUUUAUGUUCUUCAUCGCAGCCGAACGGGGAUUAAAAGUACGGACACCAUGAUAGACCUGAUGAUAAUGUACUCGAUCAGCACUGGACUUCUCACAGGGAUUAUGGAUAUUCUGGUGACCGUACUCGGAUUCACUCUCCCUGGACAGCUGCUCUACGUUGCUUUUGCUAUUCCGGCUACCAAGUUGUACGCCAACACCCUUUUAGCAGCGUUGAACUCGAGGCAGCGGCUUGCGUCGUGCGGAGGCUCGAGCAUCGUCCCCAACGAGGUCUCCGCGUUCGGAUUCGCGCCGCCCCCUGCAGCAAGUGUCGGCGAGACAUACGCGAGCCAGCUUCAGCGCACGAUGCGCACGACGAACGAUGCCGGCGCACCCGCAGUGAUCGAGCUGAAUGUCGCGACACGAGAUGCGGCUACCGGAGAUGGGAGCGCCUCCGCCAGCGCGGAAGACGUCGCUAGGGCACACGGGCGGUACUAUGCGGAGAAGGAGGCCGUGUAG